AUGGGCAACCAGUUGACGGGAGAGGCACCUGUAGCCAUUUACCCUGUGGAACAUUAUUUCACAGACAUUCCAAAUUAUACUUUUGACUGCAGCUUGGGCAGUACCCGUUUUUUCAAGGUUGCUCGUGCCAGGUACAAGGAGGGUUUGGUUGUUGUACGAAUCUUUGUUAUACAAGAUCCAACCGUACCCCUUCCACUAAAGGAGCACCAAGAUCGCUUGGAUGUUAUUUUCAAGAGCUUAAAAAAUCUACCCAACUGCCUACCAUUCCAGAGUCAUUUAAAACUGGACAGAGCUGCUUUCCUGAUCCGUCAGUAUGUCAAGUACAGCUUGUAUGACAGAUUGAGUACCCGCCCAUUCCUCACGCUUAUCGAGAAGAAGUGGAUAGCAUUUCAGCUACUUUGUGCCCUGAACCAGUGCCAUAAAGUUCAGGUUUGCCAUGGUGAUAUUAAAGCUGAAAAUAUCCUCAUCACUGGAUGGAUCUGGGUGACACUGACGGACUUUGCAAGUUUCAAACCGGUGUCACUUCCGUAUGACAAUCCUGCCGACUUCUCCUACUUCUUUGACACAUCAAGACGUCGGGUCUGUUACAUUGCCCCUGAAAGGUUCACUGGACGGCCUCCCUCUAAUGGACACUCAGAUAAUGGGAGUGGACUGGAGGAUUCGCAUGCACAGAAGGUCUACAAGGAGCUGACGCCAGCCAUGGACAUUUUCUCUGCUGGAUGUGUAAUUAUAGAGCUCUUCUGUGAUGGGACCCCGCCCUUUGACCUGUCCCAGCUGCUCAACUACAGCAGUAAGAACUACAGUCCCUGGAAGCUGAUUGACACAAUACCUGACAAUAACAUCAAGGAUCUAGUUGAGCAUAUGACACAACGGAAGCCAGAAAUUCGACUCUCAGCCGAAGAGUACCUCAUUAAACAGAGAGGAAAAGCAUUCCCAGAAUAUUUCUACACAUUCUUCAAAAGUUAUGCCCAGCAGUUUGCCACGCUCCCAGUGAUGCCUUCAGAUGAUUGGGUGCUCAUUUUAAACAGAGACAUGGACACCAUCCUGGCUGGCAUGGAUGUUGAUGAGAGACCAGAGAAAAAUUCCAAACUAGUACUAGUCAUUUCAUUGGUUACUUCAGUAGUCAGGGACCUUCAUUUUAGCAACUUCCGCAUCAUUGCUCUGAAAUUGUUACUGAGACUGUCCAAUCAUGUGACUUCAGACAUCAUACUGGAUAGAAUCUUACCAUAUAUGCUAUACUUUACCCAGGACACGCUGCCUGAAGUCAGGGCAGAAACUAUACGUGUAGUUACAGCUUGUAUCAGAAACUUGAAAACUGUCCCAAGGAAUGAUGCCAAUGUCUUUCAGGACUACAUCAUCCCAGCACUGGUGGAGUCGAACUAUGACAUGGAGCUCCAGCAGCUCAAGGACCUCAUCCACCAGAAGAUCUUCCAGCUGCUCAGUGACUCCAACAACGCAGUCAAGAUGACCUUGAUGGCCAAUGGAAUGGACAAGCUCUGUCUCUUCUUUGGCCGACAGAAAGCAAAUGACAUACUUUUAUCUCACAUCGUGACCUUCCUGAAUGUAAAGGAUGACUGGAGGUUACGAGCUUGUUUCUUCAAGACUGUUGUUGAUGUUACAAUGUACGUCGGCUGGCAGUGCUCCGAAGUGUUGCUUCCCUUAUUACAGCAGGGUCUGAGUGAUACAGAGGAGUUUGUGAUAGCGGAAGAUCUCUAUGCUCUAAAACAGCUGACCACCCACAGACUUUUGACUAAAACCAUGAUGCAGACUCUGGUUUGUGAGGCCACUCCACUUCUGGCCCAUCCGGGACCAUGGGUAAGACAAGCAGCUGUUGGGUUCAUCACAGCAGUGGCUGGUGCCUACGACAUCCCAGAUCUACACUGUAAACUCCUGCCUCAGCUAAAACCCUUCCUCCGGAGAAGCGUGAUGCAGCUACGCAAGCCGAUGGUACUUAUAGAUGCCCUGGGAGAGCCAGUCCCCCGGGAGGUGUUUGAUUAUCUGCUUCGGUCGCCCCAGCUGGAGCAUGUGUUUGAUGUGUUCACCAAACAGAUCUACAUACGCAACUUGUCCCGCCAACCACGUACUGUCUACCCUGAACUGGACGAACGCCUGUCGCAGGUGUUCCGAAAGUUGACAUCUCUGGGACUGACGGAGAAAUCUGAAGGCAAACUGUUGGUAGGUCUGUGUGUGUUUGUUCUUGUCAGAUUGUUUAGUGAUCAGUUCAGCCAUCAGUCAUUGUGGAACUUUAUCUGUCCUCAGAAUCCAGAGUGGAAGAAAAUGUUUGGAAAUGAUGAGCCCGACACUAACAGUCUCUCAUCAUCGCCAAAGUCUGGCACUGUUGUCUCAUCACCCGCGCCGGCAACUGACCAGCGCAAGCUAGAAAUGAGUCUAAAGAACUUGGCGGGCAGCAUUUCCCCAACCCCAGUGAUCACACGCUAUGCCAAGUGUAAGUGGGAGCUGCGGGAUUUGGUCCACCACCGGCGAGCUCAGUUUGAGGCAGAUAUUCUCUCCACGGAUGCAAUCUCAGCGGUACCCUGGGAUGGCAGCCAUGUACCCGAGAGCUGGAAGCCCAAGGGCGUUUUAGUUGCUCACCUACAGGAACACAGAGGAGCUGUUAACAGGCAAGUGUACUGUGUCUUGUUGUCUGCAGACAUCAGUAGUGGAAAAAUCAAGUGUGUCACAUUUCUAGAGAGGUCAACUGCCGUGGCCUCAGUGUCUGACAACAACAGUCUACAUGUGUACAGACUGGACAGUGGCAGUGUGAAACUAGAGGAUGCCCAGGUUGUUGACAUGGACACGUACGGACAAGUCAUGGACAUGACUCACUUUGAUUCAGGUGCCCAAUCAGUAUUGACCUACACCACAGUGUCUAGUCACAUCAUAGGAUGGGACCUGCGCAGCUCCAGCCCAGCCUGGAUGUUACGCAAUGACCCUAGGCAAGGAUUGGUCACCAGCCUGGCUGUGAACCGGUCCCAGUGCUGGCUGGCGGUUGGAACCUGCACCGGGGUGGUUCAGUGCUGGGACAUGAGGUUCAGGAUGCCCAUCAACAAAAUCCAGCACCCGUCAUAUCGACGGUCGUGGCUGGUGGCUUCCUUCAACUGGAACAAUGAAGUGACCAUGCUGGAUGCUGAAACUGGCCAAAGACAGAAGACACUUUGGCCCAGUCCAUCUCCACCACUGUCUUACAGCAAGCAAAACAAGAGCAGAGAAGAUGAGGGAGUUUGUGGUGUUUAUGUUGGAGCAACUGAGUCUAAGACAUUUGUUCUUACCGGGGGAACAGACAUGAGGCUACGCUACUGGGAUCUUAACUAUCCUGCCAACUCAACAUGUUUUAGUUAUGGUCUGGACAACCCGAGAUCUCUGUCCUUCUAUUACAGAGCCCAGCUCAUUGAAGGCUGUGAGGUGAUCCAAGAGCUGGAAAGUCCGAGAGAACCGCUGGACAAAAACGAGGCAGAAAGAGAAAUCCACAUGCUACACAGCUCUCCCCUACAUGGGCACCAUGACAUCAUUAAUGACAUCACUCUGUGUCACAGCACUCAGGCCCUGGUCGUCUCUGCUGCCAGGAACGGUCACAUCAAAGUGUGGAAGUGA